GCAGGCGCGCCGACUGCUGGGAGCUUUGGUUGGGGUGGUGGGGCUAGUGCCGGUUGCCGUGUCCUGCUCCCUUUGACGCCCCCCUAGCGCGAAUAGCCGUCGCCAUGUCGUCGGUGAGCCCUAUCCAGAUCCCCAGCCGCCUCCCGCUGCUGCUCACCCACGAGGGCGUGCUGCUGCCCGGCUCCACCAUGCGCACCAGCGUGGACUCGGCCCGCAACCUGCAGCUGGUGCGGAGCCGCCUGCUCAAGGGCACGUCGUUGCAGAGUACUAUCCUGGGGGUCAUCCCCAACACGCCCGACCCGGCCAGCGACGCGCAGGACCUGCCGCCGCUGCACAGGAUUGGGACGGCUGCCCUGGCGGUUCAGGUUGUAGGCAGCAACUGGCCCAAGCCCCACUAUACUUUGCUGAUUACAGGCCUGUGCCGUUUCCAGAUUGUGCAGGUCUUGAAGGAGAAGCCAUAUCCUGUUGCUGAAGUGGAACAGUUGGACCGGCUUGAGGAAUUUCCCAACACCUGUAAAACUAGGGAGGAGCUAGGAGAACUAUCAGAACAGUUUUACAAAUAUGCAGUACAGUUGGUGGAAAUGUUGGAUAUGUCUGUCCCUGCAGUUGCUAAAUUGAGACGCCUUUUAGAUAGUCUUCCAAGGGAAGCAUUACCAGACAUUCUGACCUCAAUUAUUCGAACAAGCAACAAAGAGAAGCUCCAGAUUUUAGAUGCUGUGAGUCUAGAGGAGCGGUUCAAGAUGACCAUACCGCUGCUUGUCAGACAAAUUGAAGGCCUGAAAUUGCUUCAGAAAACCAGAAAACACAAGCAAGAUGAUGAUAAGAGGGUUAUAGCAAUACGUCCUAUUAGAAGGAUUACACACAUCCCAGGUGCCUUAGAAGAUGAGGAUGAGGAUGAAGAUCAUGAUGACAUUGUCAUGCUAGAGAAAAAAAUACGAACAUCCAGUAUGCCAGAGCAGGCCCACAAAGUCUGUGUCAAAGAGAUAAAAAGACUCAAAAAAAUGCCUCAGUCGAUGCCAGAAUAUGCUCUGACUAGAAAUUAUUUAGAACUUAUGGUGGAACUUCCUUGGAACAAAAGUACAACUGACCGUCUGGACAUUCGAGCAGCCCGGAUUCUUCUGGAUAAUGAUCACUAUGCUAUGGAAAAAUUGAAGAAAAGAGUGCUGGAAUACCUGGCUGUCAGACAGCUGAAAAACAACCUGAAGGGCCCCAUUCUUUGCUUUGUUGGCCCUCCUGGAGUUGGUAAAACAAGUGUGGGAAGAUCAGUGGCCAAGACUCUUGGUCGAGAGUUCCACAGGAUUGCACUUGGAGGAGUGUGUGAUCAGUCCGACAUUCGAGGACACAGGCGUACCUACGUUGGCAGUAUGCCUGGUCGUAUAAUCAAUGGCUUGAAGACUGUUGGGGUUAACAAUCCAGUGUUCCUAUUAGAUGAGGUGGACAAACUAGGAAAAAGUCUGCAGGGUGAUCCUGCAGCAGCUCUGCUUGAGGUGUUGGAUCCUGAACAAAACCAUAACUUCACAGAUCAUUAUCUAAAUGUGGCCUUUGACCUUUCCCAAGUUCUUUUUAUAGCUACUGCCAACACAACUGCUACUAUUCCACCUGCCUUGUUGGACAGAAUGGAGAUCAUUCAGGUCCCAGGGUAUACACAAGAAGAGAAGGUCGAGAUUGCCCACAGGCACUUGAUCCCAAAGCAGCUGGAACAGCAUGGGCUGACUCCUCAGCAGAUUCAGAUCCCACAGGUUACUACUCUUGACAUCAUCACCAGGUAUACCAGAGAGGCAGGGGUUCGCUCUCUGGAUAGGAAGUUUGGAGCCAUUUGCCGAGCUGUUGCUGUGAAGGUGGCAGAAGGACAACAUAAAGAAGCCAAGUUGGACCAUUCUGAUGUGGCUGAGGGAGAAGGUUGUAAAGAACACAUCUUAGAAGAUGCAAAACCUGAAUCUAUCAAUGACACUACGGACUUAGCCCUACCACCCGAAAUGCCGAUUUUGAUUGAUUUCCAUGCUCUGAAAGACAUCCUUGGGCCCCCAAUGUAUGAAAUGGAGGUGAUCAUUCUCAUUUCCUUUGUUGAUACCCACCAAUUUAUUCUGAUAGUUGCUUCAUGGAUUGGGAGAGAGGUAGAACCGGGUGGUUUGGGAGGCUGAAUUUUGUCCACAGAUUGGAAACUUAUUUUCUCUAUGGUAGUGAAUUUUAGUGCUUUAUGUGAUAAUAAGGCUUUUUUAGAGAGCCAGGGACCUUGUCCAUAUGCUCUUCUGGAAACUCGAUCUGAGCUCAUUCUCUGCCUUCUAGUUCCAUUUUAUGAACAGUGUCUGACUUUCCUCCUUAGAAAUUCUAUAUUCCUAUUAAUUCCUAAUUAAGGAUUUUUUUGUGUGUGCUAUCAAAGGCUUGGGAGACAAAGGUAGGCAAACAGACUAGUACAGAAUAUCUGAAAACAUGAGCCUAGCGUUAGCUUCAGACCCAGAUGGUAUCUUUGUCCAGACCCAGAUGGUAUCUUUCAAAUAUCUGUCAUUUCAUUGUUAAUAAGUUUUAAGUUUCUUUUAGGUCAGAGCCACGAGCCCUAUUUCCAUCUUUUUUCCUAACUGUCCCUCACAGCGGAGUGUCCAGUCAGAAAGGCCUGAGCCCUAAGACUGAGUUGAGGCAGCUGGAUGGAGAGGUAUUGAAUCUAUGCCUACUGAGGGAUUUUAAUACAUUUCAGAGGAUUCUUAUGUGAGCUUAAUUUAUGGGUCAGUUACUAGAAAAGAAUUUUAUUAUACUACUGAACAUAGCAUCUUUCUUCAGAAGCUUUACCAUCACUUCCUCCUUUCAGUUUAAGGAAAAACAAGAUUUUCAGGAGAAUAAAUCUGAUAAAUUAUGCAGAAGAUAAUCUCUUCAUCUGAUUUUUAAAAUCACGAGUAGAUAAGGUUUUCCUCAAGUCUUAAAACUGAGGAAAGGAAAAAUAGUCCCCAAACCCAUCUUGUUUAUCUGUUUAAACUCUGAGCUGCAUUAAAGCUAAUGAGCCUCUCUGUAAAACUCUGUUACAAGAAUAGAAAUUUGUACUCUCAACAGUAAAUCUGGUCUUGAACAGUCGAAUCAGAGGCAAAUUGGGUAUUUGAAUUCUUCAGUUAUCAUGGAUUUAAAUUUUGAAAUGUUGUAAGAAAUGGAGCAAAACUUUCUUUGGUGGAGAAAGUGAACAAAACCUGCUUUUCUGUUCUGAGAGAAUGCAGUUGCCUUGAAAGUAAAGAUGCAAACAGGUUCUGACUCCUGCAUUUCCAGUGGGCUUUUUUCUCUAAGCUUUCUGGAACAGUACGUUCCAGCAGUCCUUUGGGAAUUUAAACUAGAGCAACAGAUAAAAACAAAAUAUCAAUAUGUGUUUCUGUUGCAUAUACCCUUCUCUCCUGGCCAUUUCUGCUAUUAGGUUUGGAAGCAUUGUUGACAUUCUUGGAGCUUUGACCAAAAAAAAGAGGAAAAGAACAGAAAUGAGAAAUGUCACAAAUACUGUUCAGCAGCUCUAGAGAAACUCAUUUUAUUUCCCCUUGGGCAUCUGAGCACUUUCACCAACAUGAAUCUGAAAGGUAGAGUCCAGUGGCCAUUUUGCCUUUAUAAAUAGCAUCUUAGAAUGGUAGGUCUGGUACUUGGGAGUUUGGGACAUUUCGUUCAUCUUUUCCACACUUGAGAGACUUCACCCUGUAGCCUGGGGUUUCUGUCUGCUUCUAGUGGUCUGAUGACCUUCAGCUCCAAACUUCUUAAUAAGCCUUGCCUGAGCUUUUGCAUCUCCAAGAUUAAGAUUUAUGGAACAUCUCUUUGUUGUCCCUGAGGGCCAUGACUGUGCUGGGAGUCUUCCAUUUUACACCAGGGAAGAAGUCUGAAGAGAUCAAAUGAGAUUAAAUCCAUAAGGUACAAAUGGCAAAGUCAGUAUUCAGACUCCGACCAGCUGAUGGCAAGUCUAGUAUUCUUUCUGCUCUUCUUCAAUACUGUGUCAGACCAAGCUAAUUCCUGCCCUUCUCUGCUAAAAGAGAAUGGCUUGAAGUAUGGCAGUUCCAAAAAAAAACGCCAUCUGCUCUACGUCAGAUUUUUGUUUAUAUUCUUACCAAAUGUAGUGCUGUGUUUUGGAAUGGGAGAGGUUGGGAUGGGUUUCUUGGCUACUUUUUGUGUAUAUCUGUUAGGUAUCAGGCACCACAGAAGACCCUCUCACAAGUAAGACAUCUUUGAAUCCUCAGUUAUGGCCUCUUUCCAAGAACAGAUGAGGAAACAGGCUUAGAGUGUUUAAAUAACUUGCAAGAAGACACAUCUUUUGCCAGAACUGAGAUUUGGUUCAGGCCUGACUCCAGAGGUGUGAUCUGUCUCUCACGUGAGAGAGAUGGAGCACCAGCACCUUGGUUCUCACAGGGGAUUCACAGUGGCCAGUCUUUGUCGCUCUUCAUGCACUCCCAGGUAAAAAGUCUGCAGAGACAUUACACUAAGAAUGUUGGAGUAUGUGUAGAGGUGAUCCCACAGUGUUAUAAGGCACCUUUUUUGGUUUAAAUGCCUAUGUUCUCCAUAAAGAUAAAAGUCUAGGGUCUGUCAUUUUCUUCUAGAGUUUCAUUCAUUCAGUGAAUAGUCAUUAAGGCGCUGCUGGCAAAUACGGUAGUGAACAGGCAGGAUUCAGUCUCUCCUUUCAUGAUACUUUCAUAGCAAAAAUGAACAGGUUAACACAUAAUUCCAGGUUGAGGGUGGUGCUGUAAGGAAGGCACACAGGCAGGACUGACGUCAGGGCCACUGCUCCAGCACCAUUGGAGGCUCAUUUUAUAGGUAGACUCGGGCUUGCUGGUGGAUGAUGGACAGGGAACAAAGGAAACAGUCAUCAGGUGGGAGCAACAGGAUCUUCGGAUGGUGGUGCCAUCUACUGAGGCGGGAAAGACAGGCAUGGAGGGCAAGGGCUGGUGCUCCGUUGUGAACAUGUUAAGUGUGAAAUGUCCGAGGCACAGGAAAGGCGACGUGUGGACAUGCAGGCCUGUCCCUCAGAGGAGAGGUCUAAGGUGGAGGUAUAAAUUAAAGAACUGUCAGAAAAGAGAGGAUAUUUAAAGUCCCAGAAAUGUUGAGGUCACCAGAGGGAAAAGUGUACCUAGAAAAAAGCAAGUAGCCUUGGGGCAGGCCCUAAAGAUGCCAACAGUUAGGGUCAUGGAGAAGAAGAGGAGCCCUGGGGGGAAAGAAAAGUUCGGAAGUAACAGGCAGGUAAGAGGGAAAUAGGUUUUAUGCUGCCAUGAAAACAAAGGAGCAUGGCAAACAAACAAACCCUCAUGAAGGAGGGGACAUCCAAAUGUGUUUGCUGUUUGUGUAUUAGCUUUGACAUGGAAGUCCAUGACCUCGAAAGAGGCGGUCCACAGGGAGUGGUGGGCAUGGUCGAUUUGGGAGUGUGUUGGACAAAGAGUGGGAGGUGACAGGAAAGUGGAUUAGUGUGUGGGCAACUCUUUUCAGAAGCUGUGAAUGAUUGCAGAGAAAUGAGGUGGCUCAAAGGGAGUGUGGAGGCCACAAGAAGAAUGUUUCCAAACGGAGCCCUGUUUGCUGAUAACAGCGAUCCCGUAGAGAGAGUAGGAUGGAUGUUGCUAGAGGGUUAGCAGGUACAGAGUCUUUGGGAAGGUGAGCUGGGGGUGGGACCGAGAGUGAAGGGCAGGAAAUGGCAUGUGUGUGAUGAGGAUCCCUUUGUGGGGGUAAUGAGGAAAGGGGCACAAAUAGUGAGUCCCUCACAAGAAAAUGGUUAUAAUGUUGGAACACAGGUUCAUUUGUCACACAAGGAGAGAACUGAAGCUAGGACAGAGCAAGUGUAUGAUGUGAAGGUGGCAGAAGCAAUGGUCUCGAGGACAAGCGAACUAGAAGGAGAAGAAAACGAUCAGGGAUGGCAGGGUUAAAAUUCAGAUUUCAGAGGUGGUGUGGUAUCUGUUAGUGAUAAGGGCCCAGAGGAGAGUGGCUGAGUUACAGUGAGGAAACCGUUGUUGGAACUGGGGAGGUGUUCAGAGAACACAGAAUCCAGGAAGCAGAAGAGCAUCAGCUGUUUUCUGAGGACACCGUAGGUGAUAGCCAGAGGUGGAUGCUAGCACGACAUAGAUGAUGGCAGGAUGCGGGGUGGUGAGGAAGAAUAGUGUUUGAAAGCAGAAAAUGGGGAGAAGGGAAUGAAUGUGGGAAAGCCAGCUGCAGUAAACAGGGGUUUAGGAGAAGGAAGGAGGAAGAAGGUCUGAGAGGAGCAGGGAGGCCUGUCCCUCACCUGGUGAUGAGCCCAGCCUCCCCGAGUGUGAUGUGUUCAUCUGACACAGGGGGUAAUUGUAUGUAUGUGUUUGGGUGGAUUUUAGAAUUUGGUGAGCUAAUGUAUAUAAAACACCCACAUAGUGCCUGGUACAUGCUAAAAAAACAAUGCUAGUUCCUGCAACCACUGCACUCUGUAAAAACUAACAGGACCAUCCCCAAUCACCAAAAAAACACAUAUAUUUUAAAAAGAAGGUUGUUUUUACUGUUUUUGUAGUCCUGAUUUUAUACCUGCAAUUAAUAGUCUUAUACCGCCCCUAACUACUUACUCUCAUCAAAGAGAAUCUGCAAAAAUAUGUUACUACCAAAGGUGUGACCAACCUAAGAAACGAACAGUGAGGGAGAAAGUAAGAUGGCACAUUUUAACUAACAGUUAACAUUCCUUUAGAAUUCCCUACACAGGUGGGAAAAUGAGUUCUGGGAACUUAGUCUAGAUUUCAAACUUAGGGACAGUAUCAUAGUCACCUUUUCCAAUACAAGGAAAUUUCCUAGAGAAACAAGUUCAAUUAAACGCACUUUUAAAAAGGAAAGGAAAGAUCUCCCUGCACUGGAAGAAAAGGUGCGAAGGAGCAGGCAUGGGUGCAGGUGUCGGCAGCAGCCUAGGCGGCCUGCAUGCCAUUGUGCUGACACGGGGCACGCUACUUUAGAGUCCUUCCUCAGAAGCACGGGCUGGGCCACAUCGAGGUACAGAAUCAAAUCACAGCUAUUUAAUCUUAUUUAAUCUGGUCAGUUAGGAGAUUGCCAUUAAUAACAGCUCAGUUGUAAUUACUCUUACUGGUUACAUGAAUACCCUGGGGACGGGACAGGGAAUGAGAAUCCUACAAUUUUCAUUUGCACCCCAGUGAAAGCAGGAGAGGCCUCCACAUCACUGGGUACAUAUCCUACCUGGCCAGUCUUGCAGUUGACUAAAUAUCUCUGGGGGGUGACAGUCUUAAACUCUCAGAUUGUAAAUGUAGUGACACAGAAGAACAGGUAAGCUCUAGUCUUUAUGGUAAAUUUAAUUUUCAGCCUCAGAAAACUAGUCAUCUGUGCCUUAAGUGUCUACGUUCUGUCCAUCCUGCUAGUCCUGAGAUUGUGUUAGAUAUCUGAAUAUUACUGACUCUGUUCAUAUUUUGUAUUAAAGCCUCAGUAUUGGCUUCCUGCAGUGGUGUACAAAAAGUCCGUAUCUGAAGGUCAUUUAAAAAAUAAUAUUAAAGGAAAGAAGAUAGACAUGCAGAUUUUUUAAAACAUCUUGAAUAGAAUGCAUCCAAAGGUGAAUUCCAGGAGAUUCCAUCAGCUUAUCUUUCAAACAGACAAAAUCAGGUGCUAGAAAUGGGCAGAGUGUAAACACUAAUGAAAUGCCCAAAAGAAUCGCGGUGGUAAAUUACUUCUCGGUUCCACAACAUUUAAACAUGCUGUUUACUACAGCACCAAUGCUGCACACGAGGCCUGGCCCAGCGCCCACCACAGAUGGGUUAUGCCGAGAAAAGGCUAUACUGACGGGCUCUGAAAGCAGCCAGCUCUCUGCAGUGUGGCAUCAGGCCAGACGGGGGCUAUUUAACAUGGUUUUGAGAGCGGACAGUCAUGGACCCCAGCCACUCUCCAAAGCAAACGGGAUCUGACCUUCCCUUUUGUAAACGCAACGGAAACCAAUUUACAAGGAGAAAAAUCAAAUAUUCAUGAACUGCAGGCUUAGGAUCUCAAUACAAAGACUUUAAAGAAGUUGGCAGAUGGGUAGCUGCUGUGGUGACGGCCCUGCGGGAGCAGAAACGCUCUCUGAGUUCUGAGAGAAACCAGUCGACAGUGUGUCACUGCUUAACCAUCCUGCACGUGGACCACCACCCUCUGGGGGCUCGGGUUGUGCAUUCAGUGUGGUACUGAGUUUGCCCCUGGAAAGGAGGCCCCUGGAAUUAUCCAGUCAUUGACACCUGUUGGCCUCUCUGUUAUGAUAGCUUCCUGGCCCUUCUCUGCCCAGCAAACUCUUACUCAUAUUUUAAGACUCUGCUCAGCCUCUUCCAUAACCUUGUCCCAGCUCCCAGACAGGGAUUCCUGCCUCUUCAAGGCUCUGUAGAUGAAAGCACUCGGUAGGUCUUCUGUCAUCCUCUCUCGGUGCUGGAGUAGAAUUGUGCCUUCAUCUAAUGUCCUCAAGUAGUCUGUCAGUUCUAAGAGGUAUUCACUUUGAUAUCCUGCCCCUUCAGUCUGUAAUGGAGCCUAGCUCAGGAUGCUCUGUAAAGCACUGUUGAAUGAAUGUAAAACUCUUGAUCCCUCUCAUGAGGCUGCAGUAGUAAAUAAGGUAAUAAAGCUGUGAGCGUUUAUCUGGGCUUGGAACAGUCACAAAGAAUUGUACAUAUUUACUGUUUCAAUCAAUUAUCACUCUUUCUGGUUAAUCAAGGGGGAUUAACAGUGGGAAAUUGGCCAUGAUUAGUACUCAAGUGCUCCUUAAACACUCCUGUCCAUUGAGCUGUUAAGAAUGCAACCAUUCAUUAGGUUUUUCAUUAAAUAUUUUCAACACUUCUUCAAUCUGCAUAUUUAGAUGAUUGAUUUACAUGAUUGCACAAUUAUUACAGAAGAAAUUGAUCAUUUUUGUUGAACAAGAUGUAGUUAACAGAUCAGGAUAAUGGAAGCACAAAAAUAUACAGGUGGGAAAUUGAAUGACAGAAGUGAACUUGAGAUGCUCGUGUUCCACUUUGACAUCUGGGGGGGGGGGGAAGCAUUCUCCACUUCAAGCAGAGGCUCGUCUUGGCUAAUAUAACUGAUGAUUCCACAGACUACUAAUGGAGUUAGAAAGUAAUAGAAAAGUACUGAUAAACAUAGUUUUGAAAUUAUUGUGUCAAA